AUGACCAACAUCAUCGAGAUCAACGAGGAGUACGCGUACGCCAUCGUGGAGCCGGGCGUCACCUUCAUGCAACUUCACGCUGAAAUCAGACGGCGGAACCUGAACCUGUGGAUGUCCGUACCAGCUUUGGGAUGGGGCUCUGUCAUUGGAAAUGCUCUGGAGAGAGGUUUUGGUUACACCCAGGAAGCUGUGCACUACAAACAGCAGUCCGGUUUGGAAGUUGUCCUGCCCAACGGCGAUCUUCUAAGAACUGGGAUGGGGGCUAUGGAGAAUAACAAGACUUGGCCACUCUACUCGGGGGGCCUGGGGCCGGGUGUGGAUGGCAUUGUUACCAAAAUGGGCGUUCACCUUUCUCAUGCCCCUGAAGCAUAUACCCGCAUCGAAGUGGAUUGCUUCAAUGACGAAGAUGUCGUCCCUCUUACAGGCGCACUCACAGAGUUGAUGCGACGGCGCGUCAUUACCAACCCACCCCAACUCUUCAACACCAUGACCAUCAUCACCGGGAUGAUCGGCGCCAGCAAGGAGCUCACCGAAGCGCUGGGACAGUAUUCGUCUCUGAAGCACCGGAUUCCCGCCGAUAUCGUCGCCGACAUCACCAAACGCUUCAAACUCCCUGCCUGGCGCACCGCAUUUGCCAUAUACGCGCCCCGUGAGGCUCAUCCUGGCCUCAUCGAGGCGAUCAAGCGCCGCUUCGAGCUUGUCAAAGGCUCAAAUAUCACGACCGAGACAUGCACUGCGCCACCAGGCGAGUACCUACGAGGCGAGGAUGUAGCCCCGGACUUCCUCCCUCAGAACGGCGUUCCGAGCAUUGAACACUUGAAGAUGCUCGAGGGACACAACGACGGUGACGGCCUCUGGCACAACUCCUACUCUCCCGUCAUCCCACCGUCUGGCCGCGAGUUGUAUGAAUGGUACCUCGGCGCGAAGAAAAUCACUGAAGACAACGAUCUCAACUUCGUGGCCGAUUUCCACGUCUUUGACCGCUACGUCAUCGCCAUCAACCUUGUCCUGUUUCACCCUUUGGCGAGACCCCGAUUACAUCCCCUUCAAAUGGCGCUCAUGGAGCAUACGCGGAAGCUUGGGUAUCUCGAGUACCGAGCGCAUAUCAGCUUCAUGGACGUGACUGCCGCCCACCAAAACUUCAACGGAGGUGCCUUCGGACGGUUCACGACAUUGCUCAAGGAUGCUAUCGACCCGAAUGGGGUGUUAUCGCCCGGAAAGCAAGGAGUCUGGAACACGGGUGCAGGCCCGAAGCUGUAA